CAUCGAUACAACACAAACACAAUGACCGAAGAAGAAGUUAAAGCCGUUGAAACCACCGAUUCCACUUUAAAGAGAAAGGCCGAAGAAGUCGAAGAGGUUCCAGCCAAAACUGAAGAAGCAACUGAGGAGAAGGAAGUUGAGGAAAAGGAAGUUGAGGGAAAGGAAGUUGAGGGAAAGGAAGUUGAGGAAAAGAAAGUUGAGGAAAAGAAAGUUGCCGAAAAGUCUGAGGAACCUAAGAAGAGCAAGCGUAGAAGAAGAAACUACGAUGAUGAACCGAAGGAAGAGAACUCUGACGACUCCGAAGAGGAGGUGGAUGACGAAAAGUUGGAUCAGUUGCCAAUCGACGAGGAGGAACAGGACGAAGAUGACUUGUUGGAAAUUGACACCUCCAAUAUCAUCACCGGCUCCAGAAGAACCAGAGGCAAGGUCAUCGACUACGCCAAGACUGCCGAGAAGUUAAAGGAGGAGGGUGCCGUCAACGAGGAGAACGAAGACGACGACGACGACUUCAACUAAGUUCAUGGCGAGCUGGCCUGUGCUGUAGUGGCGCAUGUAAAAGUAUCUCUACUUUAACGAAAAUUGCUAGAUUUUUCCUAGUGUAGAACAGGUUUAGCAGCGUUGCCUUCCACGGGGACUCCCCUGUUAUGAUUUUUGAGAGCACAAUUGGUUAAUAACCUAACCUG